GACACAGGGGGAGGAGAGAGCUGUGGGGGAGGAAAGUUUAGGACGGGCUGUAACAGGGAGGAAACUUUCCUGCGGGCUUGUGUGCACAGUCCUGCCGUGUGGUAUCUCACAAGUUGUGGUGCCAGUCAUCUCCAUACCUGAGGCCAUACCAGACAGCGCGGUGCCCACCCUUACUACCCACCAUGAGGCUGCCCGUGUGCUGCUGCCUGCUGCUGCUUGUUGUAGGAAUCCAAGGCUUUGACUUGGAUGAAGCUUUUGAAGCAACCACAAAGCCAACUCCACAACCUCAACCAGGCGUGGGUGGUGGUGAAAUAACCAAGAAGCCAACUCCAAAACCUCAACCAGGUGUAGAUGGUGGAGAAACGACCAAGAAGCCAACUCCAAAACCUCAACCAGGCGUGGGUGGUGGUGACUUUAGCUUGGAAGAGGCUUUAGGAGGAGAAGAUGCACCCAGGAACCCUACUGUGAAGCCUCAGCCUGGUCAAGGUGGUGGUGGAGGAGGUGACUUUGGUGACAGUGAUCUUGGCGAAGGUGGUUUUGAUGAUCCUCAUAACGCUGAUGGACAUAAUGAUAACAACCCAGGAGGACAUGACAAUAAGCCAAGCGGUCGUGCGUUGCAACCAUCUGCUGGUGGAGAAGGACAGGGUCAAGAAGGAAAUCAGAGUGUGGUGGCUGGCAUUGUCAGUGCGGUGGCUGUGGCAGCAGUUGGGGCGGUAUCAAGUUUCAUAGCUUACCAGAAGAAAAAGCUGUGCUUCAAAGGUGCUACAGAAGAUCCAGAAAAUGUGAACAUGGAGAGUAAUAAAGGAGACCAGUCUGAACCUCAAGUUCAAAGUUCUCUACUUGUAAAAUAGAUGGUAAAUUUGGAUAACCAACACAUCUCAUAGCUGCCCACCGAAAUGCAAUUCCUGUAAAGGACAUCUACAGGGUGUGUUUAGAUCAUCUAGAAGUUCAGCAAGCUUGAGUGGACGAGUGGAAUCCGCACAGCCAGAAAUAUUGUCUGGACAUUACAUAUGUUCUUGGUCACAUUCUGACUGUUACAUGUUUGAUCUUGCGUUUUUGUCUGAUGAUGUCCCUGUUACGUUGAAUUUUUAUUUUUUAACUAGAAUUGUUAAUACUAACUUGCUUUCCAAAACAAGGUUAGUACUUCUGUGCUCUCUUUUUAUCAUGGUUUGUUUGCAAAGUAAUUAUAGAAUUUUUAAAUGCGCAAACAGUAGGUGAGAUUUAUCGCACUUUCCUAUUGUAACAUUCUCUUUGUUGUCCAUAGUAACCAAUAGAGAUGAGCGAACUUACAGUAAAUUCGAUUCGUCACUAACUUCUCGGCUCG